AUGGCCUAUGCGGAUCCCGUUAACAGUGGGGCCCUGUCUGCCGCUUUCACCGUGGCCGAUUCCUUGGGCUUCCGACUGUUCUUUUCUUUUGACUACGCAGGCAAUGGCCCGUGGCCUGAGGACCAGGUGCUCGACUACCUCUCUACUUAUGGAUCCAAUAGUGCCUACUAUCAGUAUAAUGGCCAGCCCUUGGUCUCGACCUUCGAAGGGCCUGAUAAUGCGGAUGACUGGGUGACCAUUAAGAAAGAGACCAACUGCUUUCUGAUUCCGGACUGGUCCUCUCUUGGAGCCAAAGCUGCCAUGGCCAAAGGGGUGGCCGACGGACUUCUAAGCUGGGCGGCCUGGCCCUGGGGCCCCCAGGAGAUGAACACGUAUGUGGACGCAUCCUACCGGGGUUAUCUGAAUGGGCUGCCGUACAUGAUGCCUGUCUCCCCGUGGUUCUACACCAACCUGCCCGGCUACAACAAGAACUGGAUGUGGCGGGGGGAUAACCUUUGGUAUGACCGCUGGCAGGAAGUCUGGUAUCUACAGCCGGAAUUUGUAGAGAUCCUUACCUGGAACGACUACGGUGAAUCUCACUACAUAGGCCCACUCUACGAGAAGGCGCUUGCCCCGAUGUAUGUCGGCGAGGCACCCUUCAACUAUGUUCAGAACAUGCCUCAUGACGGUUGGCGUCUCUUCCUGCCAUUUAUCAUUGAUAUGUACAAAUAUAACACCAGCACUGUCACCCAGGAGGGAUUGGUGACUUGGUUCCGACCCCAGCCCAUGGGCGCCUGUAAUGAUGGCAACACGACAAUCAACACCGCGAGCGAGCUUGAAAUCGAGUUUGAGCCUUUGAGUGUAUUGAACGACCAGAUCUUCUUCUCGGCCCUGCUCGGCUCCACGGCUGACGUCUUCGUCACCGUGGGGGACACAGAUUUGACCGAUGUGUCCUGGACGCACAAACCCAGUGGCGGUGUAGGAAUCUACCAUGGCAGUGCGGCCUAUACUGGCACUGGUGAUGUUGUCGUGACUGUCAGCCGCGUUGGGGAGACGAUUGUCGAGGUCUCGGGAGGGUCUAUCACCUCUGUCUGCGAUAACGGCUUCCAGAAUUGGAACGCGUGGGUGGGAAGUGCCACCGCGAUCGGUACGACCUUUGCAAAAUCUCUCUCCUUGUCCAACGAUACUUGCGUUGAAGGCACGGGUACGGGCAAUUUUGCCGGCCUGUGCGAAUUCUCUUGUCAGUAUGGUUAUUGCCCGAUUGGCGCCUGUUAUUGCACCAAAAUGGGAAUGGCAGCCACCCUCCCCAAUGCUACGGGCACCAUCGGAUAUCCAGCCGCCGGUGAGGACGCCAAUUACAGUGGCUUGUGCAGUUUCUCUUGCAACUAUGGAUACUGUCCCGACGGCGCGUGUGGCACCGUGGAAGUGCCGCUAUCCACUCCUACCAGCUCGCCGUUUACGCCUUCCGCUUGUGUGGCGGGAGAGGGUGAGGGAAACCUGGCCGGAUUGUGUUCGUAUUCCUGCAAUUUUGGCUACUGCCCAAUCAAUUCAUGUACCUGUACGGCGGAGGGCGUCUUGAUCGACGCUCCAGCCGCCAACUCCAGUCUCACGGGAGUCCCAGCGGCCACGGUCGACUACGACACAUAUCAUGGGCUGUGUGACUUUGCCUGCAGCCGAGGAUACUGCCCGGAGGGAGCCUGUGUCCUGACCUCCACUGCCGCGUCCAGCUCGUCCAGCUCAGUAGGCCACGAUUCGGGUUCCUCCUCAUCAACAACGACGUCCAACAUCACCGUGGUCUACAUCGAUCCCAGCGUGUGGUCAACCCCGGAAGCCGCCUGCCCCUUUCCCUGCACGAUGGUGCUGCCCGAGAUCACCCUGGGAACGACGACGACUAUCAUACGACCCCCAUAUACCACCACCGUGGAUGUACAGUGGACGACCACCACCGUGGUGACCCAGGACGACGGCGAUCUGUCGACCGUCACCAGGACCAGCAACGUGGCUGAAUCCACGGUGAUUCCUUUGGCCCCGAUUGUCACCACUGGGUACCCGGUUUCGAACCUGGUUAUAUCCAGCGCUGGCACCUUCUCCCCCACGCCGCGACUUCCCCCAGCCACCUUGAUUAUCACUGAUGACCCAAACCCACUGCGCGAGCCUGGCGUCACGCAUGCGCCUAAGAACCGCACGAUCAUCAUUCCGCCGUAUCCCUGGGAUACCAGUGUCUAUGGCGAGAGCGGCAGCGACGACGAUCUCAAUAUCCCCAAGCCCCCAUCGAUCGUAGUGACCGAUGGACCCAGUAGGCCUAAAUCCAAAGGCAAAUCCAGCGGAACGGUCUGUAACGACCCUUUCUGCCACUGCUCCUGGGACUGCCCGUCCACCGGCUAUUCCUACGAUGGCGACAGCAGCUCGCCGCCGGAUGACGACGACAACCCGGGCUCCGACAGCAGCUCUGGAAGUAGCAGCAACAAUGUCGACAACGGGCCGGACCCCAACGCCGGAAACGACGACACGGACAAGAAA